GCAGUUUCGGGUACAUUCAGUUUGCGGGUAUAUUACCUAGAUGGAACACUGAUCCGUUCCUGCCUCAUCUGACAGAUCUGGACACAUAUAGAAAACAGAAUGCCACCCAGUGAAGAUUGGGCUUGUUCCAGAAUCCUGGAGCGUGAUGUUAUUCCUAAUCUGCGAGUAGCCAGUAUUUCCGAAGAGACCCAGAAGCAAUCCAUCGCCUUGUUUGAAGAAUUCAUCUCUACAAGUAUCCGACGAUUUGGCGAACACAUGAGGGACUACGCAGAUAUAGUCUCCUCUCACUUGCAGGUCUUCAGAGAUGAGCACGCUGUGAAGAAAUGUCUUCUUUCUGCUAAGAAAACACAGGGCGAAUUGGAGAAUUAUAUUUCAAACGGUCGAAAAUACCACACGGAUAUGCUUAAAGAAAGACUCCUUACUGAAAAAUCAGUUGGUGAAAUUUGCACAAAUGAACAAUUACCUUCAUUGACAAUAAAUAAACACUUCCGUAGACUACGAAAUGAUUUAAUUAUUCCCAGCAUCAUUGAUCAUUUAGUGGCUGGACAUGUUCUGACUGAAAAUGAUGAAGAUAGUAUUAUCCACAAGCGAUACACAGAUCGAGACAAAAACGAAGAGCUUCUGAAACGAAUCUGUGAUAAAUGCAAUGUGGAACAGUUUGCAAACAUCGUCUUGCCCGCUAUCAAAGAACACCACCCUCACUUGGAAGAGAUGCUACAGGGAACGUUUCGAGAGCUCGCCCAUAACCGUGAAAGUGAAAGUCCUGAACAGUGUGGAUGGUGUUUGAUUCAAAGCAGAGUCGAACCUACACGACUGGCAGACCAUCUCUUGAAUGAUGAUGCAAUAACUCAGAACUUGUAUACUGACCUGCGGAAUGCUUCGGUGACAAAUUCAGAAAAGUGGUCUAUUUUAGAGAACAGCUUAAAACGUUCUUACACUCUAGAAAAGGCUAUAAGGAAUGAAUAUCCCGCAUUAACUGGACAGAUAAUCCGCAACGGUUUUACCAUAAAGUGUAUGUGCUCAGACGAUAAGGAAUCAAGUGUCCAUCAGGAAAACACCAACUAUCCUAGUACACCGUCGGAUGUGGGCCACAUUUCUGACCUUGACUCUACAUUGAAUGGCAUCGGCACAAUGAGCAUCGUCGCAGACAGAACAAUAGAACCUGGCAAGCUGAAUGAAUCCUUUGUGAAGUCUCUAGCAGCAGCAGGAAAAGAAAUACUACUUGAUGUAAUUGGGGAAUGUCAUUUUGUGCUUUCGCAGUCUCUUCUGCCAGAUGGUGAUAUGAGGGAGGAUGUCAUCGAUCAUCUGAACAAAGCUUCUGAAGCAUUCCAGAAAGCAAAUGAUGACAAUGGACAGGGAAAAGCUAUUUUGGCCUUGGCCCAUAUCACAGCUAGCAAAUCGAAGGCAAAACGUGCACUUAAGAUCUUUCAAAAUGAGAGACCAUUUUCCAACUAUGUUGGGGCACUAGAAGCGCUACAAGUUGUUGUCGAGUUGUCAAGUCUGGAGACCAAUGUUGGUGAUUGUCGUGAAGUAUCUCGUGGCAUUUUGAUGACCUUCUUCAUCAUAAAGAAGCUCUUUAAGCAAUCAUCUUCUAAAGACCAGGCUAUGGCUCAAUUCUUUUUCAAUUGCUUAAACCAAAACAGGAAAAAACUCUUGCAUUUGGAAAGAGACACAUUUUCUGUGGAUGGAAAGGGUCAGCUGAAACAGAAGGAGAUGUGUGUUUCUCUGAGCUCUUUUCUCAUUGUUAGAAUGAAAGAAUGGCUGAAUAGAGUACAGUCAGCUUUUCAACAACUAGGUGACCGUUAUAGGCAGUGCAACGCAUAUCUUGCGGGUUCACAAUGCAAAGAUGGAGAUGAAUGUCCGUACAUGCAAUGUACAAUAAACCUGAAAUGUUUAUUGCUCUGAACAUCA